GAAUGAAUUGUUAAUGGAAUUAUUCUAGUGAUUGAACUUAUAACCUAUAAAAUAUUGUAAUUUCGUAUAUGUGUAACUUUUAAACUUAUAGAUUCUUAAAGUUUUUAAAAAUUGUCAAUUUUGAAGCAUAUUUUUUAUCAGAAAAUGUAAAAAUAUUUUAUGUUUUAGUGAGAAAAAGAAUUUAAAUAAAUUAUGCUUGCGUUAAAAGAUUACGGUAGUAGUGAUAGCGAAUCUGAAAAUGAAAAUGAAAAUAGAGAAAAUGAGGUUAAUUGUAUGAUUAAUUCUACCAAUAUUGUUAAUUCUAUUUUCACAAAAAAUUUAACUGCAUCUAUAAAUAUGCAAAUUUGUUCUGCACCAGAAGUAAUACCAACGGGGACUGAAUUAUGUAUAAAUCAAAUAGAUUCAACUAUAAAAGAAGUAAUGCAUAAUCCCAAGUAUGAAGAACUUUUUGCUCCAGAUGUUGGUCCAGAAAAUCCUUUUAAAACACAACAACAACGUGCUGUAAAAAAUAUACUUUCUGGAUAUGUUGAGAAAGCUCAUAUAAGCGAGUUUCAAUUUGAAAAUCAAAGGAGAACAUUUGCCAGUUAUGGAUACGCAUUAGAUCCAACUGUAGAUGGUAGUGCAGAAGAAGGUAAAACUAUUAUUGGAGCAAAAGAUGCUGCUGAAGAAUCUGGUUGUAAAACUGUAUUUGAAAGUACAACAUUAAGGGCUUCUGAUAAAAGAAAACGUCACAGAAAUGAUGAUCCUGCAGAUAUUGAAGGAUUCUUGGGUCCUUGGGGUGGAUAUGUAGAUGAAAAACGAAUUAUUAAGCCAACUGAAGAAGAAGCUGCAGAACUAGAAGAAAUAUUAGCAAAACGAAACAGGAGAGGCAAACCAGCAGAGGAAAAACCACUUGAGGAAAAAACAGUAUUACAUAUUAAAGACAGUGUGGAUUAUCAAGGUAGAUCAUUUUUACAUGCUCCUCAAGAUGUUGGAGUAAAUUUACGAUCAGAAUCACCACCCGAUAGAUGUUUCUUACCAAAAGCGCAAAUUCAUACUUGGGAGGGACAUACCAAAGGUAUUUCACAAAUCAGAUGGUUCCCUCGUACUGCGCAUUUAUUACUUUCUUGUAGUAUGGAUUGUAGAGUGAAGCUAUGGGAAGUUUAUAAAGAUAGGAGAUGUAUCCGAACUUAUUACGGACAUCGCCAAGCUGUAAGAGACAUAAGUUUUGAUAAUGAUGGAAAAAAAUUUUUGUCUGCUGGAUACGAUCGUUAUGUAAAAUUAUGGGAUACAGAAACAGGUGCUUGCAUAAGUCGAUUUACAAGUAGAAAAAUUCCAUAUUGCGUUAAAUUUAAUCCUGAUCCGGACAAACAACACUUAUUUGUAGCAGGUACCAGCGACAAAAAAAUUAUCUGCUGGGAUAUACGUUCUGGUGAAAUAACACAAGAAUAUGACAGACAUUUGGGUGCUGUAAAUACGAUAACGUUUGUAGAUGAAAAUCGAAGAUUUGUAACGACUUCAGAUGAUAAAAGUUUAAGAGUUUGGGAAUGGGAUAUACCGGUUGACAUGAAAUACAUAGCUGAUCCUUCUAUGCAUUCUAUGCCAGCAGUUACACCAUCGCCAAAUCAAAAAUGGCUUGCAUGUCAAAGUAUGGAUAAUAAAAUUGUUAUAUUUUCGGCCUUAAACAGAUUUAAAAUGAAUCGUAAAAAAACAUUUACGGGUCAUAUGGUUGCUGGUUAUGCAUGUGGUUUGGAUUUUUCUCCAGAUAUGAGUUAUCUUGUUUCGGGAGAUGCAGAUGGUAAAUGUUAUAUUUGGGAUUGGAAAACAACAAAAUUAUAUAAGAAAUGGAAAGCACAUGAUGGCGUAUGUAUUGAUGUAUUGUGGCAUCCUCAUGAACCUUCAAGAUUAGCUACAGCUGGUUGGGAUGGAAAAAUAAAAUAUUGGGAUUAAAAAAACAUCAUAAAUAAUCACAUUGUAAAAUAAUUUAUUUAUUUU